UACUGCCAUUAGGAAUCAGUUUUGUAGGUGCUGAAGGGAACUGUGGUUAGGAGCGAUAAGACUCUUCACUUUGGUGUAGCCAGUUUGUUUCUCACGAAGCUGGCGGAUAAUAGUUGACAGUCUGUUAGACAAGACAACGACCCUUUCACCGGCUUUUUGUUACCUAAAGGUGUCUUAGUAUACUAUAGUAGUACAAGUAGAAAGCACCUGUGAUCCAGAACAAAUCCUUCUCUCAUGGCAUCAGCAAAUCCGAUCGAGAUCAUUUUCGACAGGCCCUCCAGAACAUAUCAUGAGGGCGAGACCAUCCAAGGAUCCUUGCGCUUGAACAACCCCACAGAUUUGAAACAUGACGGGGUGUCCCUAACCUUGAAUGGGUUCUUGAGGACCUUCGUUCCCGCCAAGUCCGCCAUUGGCAAUGGCGCCUCGAAAAUUCAGUCGCUCACCACAUUCGAGGAGAUGCUCCUCAAUCCGGGAAAAUUGCCCCAAGGGAAGCACGAGGUGAAAUUCCAGAUCCCCAUUCGAGCCAAUGCGGAUCGCCGAGCCCUUUUAGAGACCUAUCAUGGCGUGAGAAUUGACAUUCAAUACAUCUUGGUGUGUGAGAUUCAUCGUGGAAUCUUGGCCCAGACCUUCCGAGAAGAAAAAGAGAUCUUCGUCGAGCUCAAGUCAGAAUGGUCCAAGGUCUCGGAAACGAAACCGUAUCAGUUUCACAUUACUCCCGACAAGCUGGAAUAUGCAAAGAGGAAGCUCAUGAAACACGUGCCCGAAUUUUCCAUCCGCGGCUGUUUAGACUCGACUCAAUGUUCCAUGGGACGUGCUGUCCAAGGCACGAUUUGCGUGGACACGUGUACAAGACCAAUCAAAUCAGUGGAAAUUCAGCUCAUUCGAAGCGAGCAGGUCGGAGUGGAUGACCCAAAGGAUUGUACAGAAGUGCAGAAUAUCCAGAUCGCAGAUGGCGAUGUUCCAAGAUCUUUAAAAAUACCGUUACACAUGGUUCUUCCUCAGUUGUUCGCGUGCGCGACCAUAAAGUCGGCCGAUAUUCGUGUAGAAUUUAAUAUAAACGUACUCGUGAUACUUGAUGAUGAUCAUAUAGUCGCAGAGAGCAUUCCAAUCGAUAUCUAUAGACAUCAUUAACUAAGUAAAUUGUUGAAUAAAAUCCGAUGCUUCUGGAAAGGUUCUUAUGAGAUCUUGGACAUUCCCAUUCAAAGAGUCCGUUGGAUCGAAUCCGGGUGAGACAAUGACACUAAAAAAUGUGAAAGCAUCAGCAGUCUGACUCUCAAGAUAUUGGCACCUGUAUCUGCCGGCUGUCACUCGCAAUUGCCGAUUAUCGGGGCCAAGCACAAGUUUGACGAGAUUGCCCGGAACGUGUUGAUCCAGAUAUACCACUGUCAACGGCGCACCAUCAUGAUAAAAGAACACUUCGUCAGAUUUGAGCAGAUGCAACGUAUUCGAUUGGCCUUGUGUUUGAAGGUAGUAAAUCGUACUGUAACAGAGCCUUUGAUGUCGCUCGGCAUUAGUAAUGGGCCAAGGACUCUCUAACUGUGGUCUCAUAUAACCCACUUUAGGAUCGAUUUGCUCCAAUUGGAACAUCUUGAUGUAUUCCUGAGCGCUUCUUCUAGGAACACACAUGUCUUCGGAGCUUAUGAAGCUGA